UUGCUGAAUACAAUAUUUUACAUAUGAUACAAGGGUAGUGAACGUAUUGCGUACAUGUCAUCUAUAUAGAGACAUCUAUUUUACAUUUAAUACGAGGUAACCAACUGAUAACCAGUAUAUGUCAGUAAUACUUGGUACUUUAUAUUAAUUACUUCAUGUGUAGCCUUCACUAGAAGAACUUUGUAAAUAUUUUCCACUACUUUGUCUUUUAAAAAUUUGAAUGUUUUUUUUACUUUGUCUUUUAAACAUUCGGAUAUUAUAUUCGGCGCAUGCGGAAUCAGAGUGAAUAUUUUACGCGACUAUUUUAAGUGACUAUUUUACGUUAGUAUUUCAAAAUGGCUGAAGCACAAGAUGGAGUAACACCAAGCGAUAUUAAAGCUGGAGCAGAACGUAUAAUAGAUGAAAUGGCUGAAACAUUGCGCCAAGAGGACCCGACAAAGAAAAAAACAACUACAAAGGAUCAUAAAUCUGAAGCUGAACGAGCGAUAGAUGAUAUGGCAGAAACCCUCGAUAAAGAAGAGAGAGUAAAAAGAAGAGAACUUCUCAGAAUGAUAAAUAUGGAAAAAGAGUUGGCGAUCCUCAAAAAGAAGUAUUUGGAUGAAGAAAUACCAGAUAGAAAAACUUUAGCUGACACUCAAAGCGCUAGUAGUACACCAGAAACUAGUUCAAAGAAUACGCAGUAUAUAUCGAAGAAACCAAAAUUGAGUAAAUUUAUGGGAAACAAGGAUGAGGAUAUCUAUGACUGGAUUGAGGAUGCUACAAUGGCCAUACGAGAUUUGAAAAACAACUCGGAGAAAGAAGACUUUGUUGUAUAUCAUCUAGGUCCAAAUCCUAGAAGAGAAGCGAGAUACCUGACAAACCCAACACCUACUGAGAUAUUUAAAACACUACAACGAGUUUUCGGAAUACACAAGUCUUCUCAUAAAUCAAUGACAGAAUUCUAUACUAGAAAGCAGCAUCCAAAUGAGACAAUAGCUCAAUAUACCCAAGCCUUUAUGAAGUUAAUGGAUAUUGUGAAACAAAAUCAAGAUGAAAAGGUUGAUGAAGACAAGCUGUUAAAAGAGCAACUAAUAGAAGGUGUAUGCUGUCCUAAAAUGAGAUGGGAAUUAAGAGGAAUCUCGGACUAUAACAGUUCAACUACAUUCCACACAUUGAGAGAAACAGCCUUUCAAUACGAACUAAACGAAAAGCAGAGUGACUCCAUGGAAACAAAAAAGACUACAGCAAACACAGUAGAUAGUAACAACACACUACACAGUAUGAUGAGGACCUUACUAGAAAAACAAAACAAAAUGGAGAAUGAACUGAAUGAAAUAAAGGAAAUGAAAAACAACCCACAACAGAAUUUCAACAGUUAUGGCAGAGGACAAUUCAACAACCGUUUCAACAGAGGUCAAAACAACUACCGAGGAAGAGGAAGAUCAAGAGGAAACAAUUACUCCAGAAGACCAUCAAACUACUACAACAGCAAUGAACGAUAUGAUAAUCACAGUGUACAAGUAAAUGACCCUAAAAACUCAGAUAGCAAACCAAAUGAAGUCAUAACAAAUGUCAAUCUGACAACAGAUACAACUUGUAUAUCUUGUCAUCCAAACAUGGAGAAAAUUGUUGGUGAAACGCAGAAAUGGGAUAUCAAAAUUGGAGAUAUAGAAACUACAGGAAUAAUGGACUCUGGGAGCAGUGUUAUGCUUAUGUCAAAGGAAUUUUAUGAAAAUCAAUUUGUCAAAGAACUACAACCAUUUCAACUUCUUGACCUCAAAGCAGCUAAUAAUCUCAAAAUACCAUACAAAGGUCUCCUCAUAGAAGAUAUAAUAAUACAAGAUAUCACCAUAAAGGACUGUGGAAUUCUAGUACACGAAGAAUCCGGAUCAUAUCCAGAUCUGUUAAUAGGAAUGAAUGUCUUGAAACAUUUGCCAACGUUUCAAUCCACACCAAAUGACACAGAAGAAAGAACACAUCUUAUACGUGUGAAAGGACAGGUGUUUAUCCCAGCCUCAACAACUGUUGAUGUAGAUGUUUCUACGGGUUCUUUUAGAGGACAAGGUUUAGUCGAACCAUUGGAUAGAGUCUUACCUGGAAAUGUCCAAGUUAUGAAUGGAUACAUAGAUGCAACAUCUGGAAGUGCUACAAUACGUGUCUUAAAUGCUUCGGAAACGAGUGUAAUACUUACCAAAAGAACUCCAAUAGGACAAUUACAUUCUGCAACAGUAAACUGUUGUAAAGUUUCAUACAGCAUACAGGACAAUACAGUAAAAAUAGCUACAAACGAGAAUUUGAAAUCAAAACCAAUUGAGAAUGAUGAAGAAGAGCCAACAGUCCCAUAGCAUGUUAUCCAAGAAGUAAACAGACUGUUAGAAUAUUUCCCUGGAACAGAAGAUGAACGCAAGAAGACUGCAAAGUUAUUUUACAAAUACCACAAAAUCUUUGGAACAGACGAAAAUGAUUUGGGGUAUACUGAUGCAAUUGAACACAAAAUACCUACACCAGACGAUUUUGCUGUGAAUGAACCUUUCCGUAGAGUGCCU